CUCAAUUGAAAUGCUUCGUCACGUUCUGUGCGAUUGUAUUCAUAAUUGUUGUCAAAGAAGUCAUAGAAAGAGUGGUUUGCUAUCAAAGCACGCAAUCAUUGCAUUGAAUCCACAAUCCAUUGAACCAUUGGUCGAGUGAUCGGUCGGUCGGUUGAUUGCAUCGGAAUCAGUGGUCAGUCCUGUGAUGGCAUCGAAGGAUGAGAUGAACGAUGAAGUGAAUCAAAACGAGUUGUCGCCCGAAGAGGUAACAUUGAGACGCAAACGGUUGGCCCGACUCGACGGCUCACAGCCUACUAAUAGAUCCCAAAACCCCUUAACUCCACAACAGAUAUCUGUUAGCAAUGAGAAUGAAGACAUUGCUGGCAAUCAUUGUAUGGACGGCUCAGACAUGCCUAAGGAUAUGAAGUGUAGUGAUGGCGGCAAUCCAUUGGAUAGCUGUGCGGACAAUGAGUCGAUUAUCAACAAAAUGCCGGCCAAUCCAUUAAAAGAUAUCGAAAACAAUGUCGAAAAGAAUGACUUGAUAUCAGAACCUAAGAUCUCUAAGUCGAUGGAUGUGGACAUGGAAUGCGAGGAAAUGAAGAUAAAUUGCAUACAAAUGGAUGAAAACGAGAAGAGAGAGUCACUAAAGCGGCCGCUCGACCGCAACGACACCAUUGAUGUCACCACUGCUCACGUUAUAAGCGCUCAUUCAGUCACAGAAACUCCUUCUUUGGAUGCAUUAAAGCUAACAAUGAUUUCGCGAAUAUUAUCUGUGAAAUGGCGACAAAGUCUGACCACAAAUGAAAUUUAUACUCAAAACGGUUUCAUCAGUGAUAACAAUGAGUCAACAAAUGGCAGACUAUAUAAAACAAAUGACAAGUCAUGGCUCGUCCUCUCAUAUCUAUUGGACUGUUUUGUCCGCGCAUUGGCUGAGGAGAAGACCGUCCAUUCCGGUGAUCCCUCUUUAGCUGAACUCUUGACGAGCGUUAAGUCUCAAUGCAUACAAUUCUCGACUCUAUUGUUUACAAACUCAUUGACAGUACACCCGACCCCUCAAACAUAUAAUUCAAUUUUGGCUCAAUUUUUAUUAAACCAGUCGUUGCCGACAGAGUUCUUGUCUGCACUCGUUUGCAGUACUUAUACGACAAACUCUACAACUUUUAAAGCAAUUUUUACACCUCUUUUACAACAUUUAUGGCAAGAAAUGCAAAAUACUUGCAGUUUAGCCAAAGACUCGACUUAUAAGCCGCCACUCGAGGCCUUAUUACAAUUGACUCAAAUCACUGUUAACGGCAAAGCUAUUCGUCCCGUUUGCCAAUUGAUGACUGAACUAAACAACUGGUCGCCAGAACCUCUGAGUGAUGCCAUCGGCAAAGAAUUUUCCAGAUUCUCAUAUUUGGCUCCAUUUUUGCGACUUUCGGUCUUCGCUGAAGACGAUAUCCGAGUGGUCGACAAGUUCUUCUCAAGUCCUAAGACUGGUGUCGAUAACACGAAACAAACCAUUAGUGAACUGCAGUACCAAUUAGAGUGCAUUAGGAAAGAUGUUUUGUUUCAAACAUUUCACUCACUGUUGGUUAACACCAGUAGUCGUGAAAGUACUCUGAAGUUCAUAAGCGAAGCCUUGCGCCGGAAUAAAGAGCGCUCGCAAUUGCAAUCCGAUGAACGACUGGUUUCUGGCGACGGAUUUCUAUUCAAUUUAUUAUCCGUUCUUCAGUUGCUUUCAGUGAAAAUAAAACGCGAGAAAAUCGAUGCCUUAUAUCAGUUCCAUCCGAACAGUUUGGUUCCCCUUCGCAAAGAUGAGUCGCGAAUUAAGUUCACGUCAACGGAAGCGGACGAAUGGUUGUCAGGACUGAACUCGAAUGGAGGGCACAACUGGUCAGACGUGCAGUUCAACUCUCACUGCUUCUUCUUAACCCUUCACUGCCAUCACAUAAGUGUAAUCCCGUGUCAAAGGAAAUACAUUCGAAGAAUUCGAGCCAUUCGUGAUCUGAGCCGAUAUGCCCAAGAACUCACUGCAAGCACUUCUCAACUGCCAGUCCUGCCCCCAAAUCACGCCAAUAGGAUCCGAAGAGUUAAGGAACAGGUGACCAAACUCGAGAAGGCUAAGACAUGCGCCGAAUGCGGACUCAUUGAUGAACGCCUUCUCGGACGGAGUCUCGCCUUUUAUAACCAAUUCAUUGGUCUUUUACUGAAGUCAAUCAACUGUGAGAACCACUCGACCAUUGAUCUACCACUGCCUCAAAAGGUUCCUCAAAUCUUUGCCUCAUAUCCCGAGUGGUAUAUCGAAGACAUCGCCGAGUUCUUAUUGUUUGUCAUCCAAUACUGUCCACAAAUUCUGGACCCAACUAAUGGCAACUACGAUGCCGUCAACUCUCAGGAUUUGAUUGUAUUCAUCAAUGUUAUGAUAUGUUCGCCGCAAUACAUCAGUAAUCCCUAUUUGACCGCAAAGUUCAUUGAAGUGAUGUUUGUGUCGAGUCCUAUACUGCAUAACUAUACCCAAGAGUUCUACGUCCAGGUGCUCUCCCAUUCAUUAGCUGAGGUCCAUUUGGCGCGUUCUCUCAUGAAGUUCUACACCGACAUUGAGUCUACCGGAGCCUCCAGUGAAUUCUAUGACAAGUUCUCCAUACGAUAUCACAUAAGCAUUAUAUUCAAGUAUCUCUGGACUAAUGCUAUCCAUAAGAUGGCAAUCAUCGAAGAGUCCAAUUGUGGCAAACAAUUCAUUCGCUUCGUAAAUAUGUUGAUGAAUGACACGACUUAUCUGUUGGACGAGAGUCUUCAGAGUCUGAAACGUAUUCAUGAGGUUCAGGAGGAGAUGAAAGACAGGACAACCUUCGAGAAGCAGCCGCGCGAGCAUCAGGUCUCACGACAACGAUUACUGGCUAAUGACGAGCGCCAGUGCCGUUCAUACCUGACUCUGGCCAACGAGACUGUGGAGAUGUUGCACUACUUGACCGAAUCUAUUCGGGACCCUUUCAUGAAACCCGAAUUAGUGGAUCGUUUGGCAGCGAUGUUGAACUCGAAUCUGCAGCAACUGUGUGGACCCAAAUGCAAUGCCUUGAAAGUAGCCAAUCCUGAGAAGUAUGGUUGGGAUCCCAAACAUCUGCUCAAUCAGUUGACAGACAUCUACAUUCACCUCAAUUGUGAUCAAUUCGCUCAGGCCAUAGCAUCGGACGAACGCUCCUAUAAAAAGGAUUUGUUCGAAGACGCGGCCAAACGAAUGGAGCGCUCUUUGAACAAAAGUCAACAUAAAAUCGAUUCAUUCAGACAUUUGACACAAAAUGUGGAACAAAUUCUUGAGAAUAAUAGGAAAUACGAAAGUGAAGACUGGAGUGAAGUCCCCAAUGAAUACAAAGACCCGGUGAUGGACACGUUGAUGGAGGAUCCGGUCAUUUUGCCCACAAGUGGACACAUUAUGGAUCGCAGUAUAAUUGUCAGACAUUUGUUGAACGCGAGUACAGAUCCCUUUAACAGACAGUUUCUGACUGAAGAUAUGCUUAAACCAGCCACUGAACUGAAGGAAGAGAUUCAGAAGUGGAAGACCGCGAGAAUAACGGCCACUUUAGCACAACCACCUCCUGAUGACGACAAUCACUCAGAUCCUAACCAAUGAUGAAACUUAUAUUAAAACUAAUUAUUAUUUUGAUUUUAAAUUUUUUGUCAAUUAGUAAGUCAUUUAGAAUUUAUUAAUACAAUCAAUUUUGCAAACAUUAAUGUACUCUAAACAUUAAACUCUGAUAAGUUUACAAAUAUACUAAUUAUUUAUAUUUAUAUAAUAAUAAAAUAUAGUUUAGUUUAACAAAGAA